AGCAGCAGGCAGCGCUCGGAGCGGUUAUUCAUUCCCCGGCUGACGCCACCGAGCCCAGCCGGGCACAUGUUGCCAAGAGAGCACCAGCAGCACCUCAGCCAAGCGCACCCUCCUCCCUGCUGCCCUCGGAAAGCAGAACAAAGCGGCGGCCGAGCCUGUUCCCGCAUUCCUGCUCCCUCGCAGCCCCUCUGUAACCUUUUCUCCUUAAAAGUCAUUCCCCAGGGCUCCUCCGCUGCUCCGGCCGCGACUCAAGUUACGCGGAGCUGCCUUGGGGAGAAGGAUCUGACCUUCAGCGGCAGGCAGCGAGCAGGGGGUGGGAGAAAAAAUUAAAAAAGAGCACACGAUGCGGGGAAAUGGGUGCGAAGAAAUAGGAGAAAGGGAAGGACAAGUGGCGCUCGCAUCUGCUGUCCUGCCAAGGAGACGGGAGCGGGCACAAAGCAGCUCCGAGCGGAGCAGCCAUCACCAGGGGGUGUACGCGGAGCACCGGCGGCGGGGAUGGAAAAGCAAACAAGUGUAAAGGACGGUCAGAAAGAAAGAAGCCCUCCCGCUUGCACCGUGCCGAUGAAUGAAGCUACAGGUUCAUCUCACACCCCUCCAAACCAUCCCGGGCGCUCAAACCCACGCACCCGAGCCGAGAUUCGCCGCUUCUGCAGGAAACAACAGGCGAGAAGAAGGCGAAGGGAUGGAGCGGUGCGCUUUGUGCGACGCGGAGUUGUCAUGCGAACUUCCAGCCCUUCCCCAGGAUAAAAUAUCCCGAGGGGGGAGGAAAAAAAAGGAGGGGAGCAGCUGGUGCAUGGAAAGUUAUGAGCACAAACAGAUGCUGCAAGCAGAUGCUCGGGCGCUCCAGCCAUACCUAUCGAAUUAUUUUAGGCGCUGAGAAUAGCUCCGUGAGAAACGCAGGAGUUCCCCCUCUUCUCCAAGCCGACGCUUUUAUCGCGGGGGUAUCGCGACAGCGCCCGUGCCGCGCAUCGCCUCCGCUGCUCGGGGAGAGACGCGGGGAAGGAGGCGAGCCUUACCUGCGGCGGCCGCGAGGGAGGUGCCGGUGCGGAGAAGGGGUGAGAAAGAUCCGUGGCGAGGCCGUGCCCGGUGCCCGCUCCGCUCGCACUGCGCUCCCGCCCGCCCGCGGCCCCUUUUUGCGGGCGGCCAUGGCACGUUUAAUACGGCCCCGCCGGACACGCCCCCCGCGCGGAAGCAGCCAAUCACAGCGCGGGGCGGGACUCGGGGGGCGGGGCCUCGCAGCGGGACGGGCAGCGGGACCGGGAGCGGCGGGGACGGAGCGGAGCGGGGAUGUCAGCCGGGAUGCUCCGGGAACGGAGCGGGGACACUCCAGAGCGCUGCUCGGAGCCGCGGUUCCCGCUGCUAAGAAGGCUCUGGGUCCCCCGGUGCCCGCUGCGGAGGCUCCUCGGGUUCCCGGUACGGAGGAUCCUGGGAUAAAGCACCGGCUCCCUGCAUCUCCGGGUCCCUGGGAGAAGGCACCGGCUCCCGGGAUCCCCGGGAGAAGGCAGCAGGUCCCUGGAUUCCCGGGACCCCGGUGCGGAGGGUCCCUGGAUCCUCGGUGCAAAGGGUGCCAGGAGAAGGCGCUGGGUCCCUGCCUGAAUCCCGGGAUCCCGGUGCGGAGGGUCCCGGGGAGAAGGCACCGGGUCCCGGCAGAAAGCAUCAGAUCCCCGAGUCCGCGGUGCAGAGGAUCCCCGGGUGCCCGGUGCGGUGGGUGCCAGGAGAAGGCACCGGGCCCCCGCUGCGGAGAGUCCCCGGAUCUUCGGGGACUCGGUGCCGAGGGUCCCGGGAGAAGGUGCCGGGUCCCAGGACCCCCUGUCCGGUGUAAAGGGUCCCGGGAGAAGGCGGCGCGUUCCCCGCUGCAGAGGGGGCAGGAGAAGGCUCCAGCCCCGCGGGUUCCCGGAGAAGCCGCGCUGCAGAACGGGCACGGCCGCGCUGCGGGCAGGCAGCGCCGCUGCGGGUUCGUUCCGCCGCUCCGGGACGCUCCGGUUGCGCUCCCGAGCACCCGGCACCUGCCGCCGGCAUGGUCUCACCCUCCCCCGGCAGAGAUAAAGGCUUUUGAGGGACUUCACCGCGAGUUUGGGAUGGUCCCGUUGGGAGCCGGCUGCCCGCUCCCUCCCGUUCCCGGCUGGUGGCCGAGGCCCCGGGCAGUGAGGAAAAAUAGCGAAGACAGAAAAGUUUCGUUCCUUUUGUCCCUUUCUUUAUUUUAGUGAAGGGAAAUAAAAUGCUAAGGUGCAGGGGUGUCCCAUCCCAAACUCCCUAGCAGGCAGAAGCCAAGCAAGCACAGCACAACACCGCUCCUGAACCGAAAAUCCCUCUCUUUAACUAAAUGAAACAUCCCUUCCAAAACAAGAGCUUGGAUCCCCGGACUAAGAUCUUUUGGAGCAAGGGAAGGACGAGGCUGGCUGCAGUGCGUGGGAUCCACGGCUCUGCUCCCUGAGUCACCUGUGGCAGCUCGGUCAGGCUGGCCAGGCUUGAAAUAUGCAGAAAUCCAAAUGGUUUUUAACAGCUUGUCCUCCCUACGGUGGACGUGGCCUAAGACAAAGAAAAUAAGGAUGAAAUGCCUGGCCGGGAGCCUUGCAGGAACAAAAACAGCCCUGUAAGCACAGCCUGAAGUUUGGCAAGCCCCGGCUCCGCUGGACAGUGCAGGGUGUUGGGUUCCAGGGCAGGUGUCCGCAGCAGGACACUGUCCCUGCCCUGGGGAAGGGACAGCAGCUGAAAUCCACGGGUGGUGUGCUGGGAAAACAAGGUGACCGCUGAGUGCAGCGGGGCAGAGCCCCCCAGGCUUUAGGAAUUGCCACAAACACCUUGAGUUGCACCCAGCACUGCGACAACACCCAGAAAUGAGAGCUGGGGAUGCUCCCGGGAAAGGCAGCGGCCACCAGCGGCAGGGAUGGACUGCUCCAGGCAGCUCGGCCUCCAGAGAGCUCCUCACAAUGUCCAGAGCAGGCUGUAAAGAUGAUUCCUUACUUUCCACAGCAAUGCCAGCGCCCUGCAGUCACUCCUCGUUAAACUCUCCUCCUCCUCCUCAUUUGUUUGCAAAGUUUCCAAGUCUGCCAUGAGCUCUGGGUGGGAAAGCUUUGCCCAGAUGCUCUCUCCUGGCCUGGCAGAGGUGCAGGAUCAGCCUCCCCGCGCUGCUGCUGCUCCAUCGCAGCGAGUGCCGCGCCUGGCAGCGCCGGUGUUUGCCGAGCUCCCGCAGCCCCGGUGAGGAAGUGCCGCAUUGUUGCAGCAAUAAACACAACGGCCGAGGGCAGCUGGUUCACCAGAGCCACGUUUGUGAGGGCAGGAGGAGCAGAAUUGGCGUGCUGGGGAGGGGGAAGCAGGGACAAGGCUUCUGCUCCUUGGGCAAUCUGGAGAGUUGGGCAAUCGCUGGUUGUGAGUUGUGCUUGGGUGGUUCUGUUCGUCUGAAGGGGGAAGAGAAGCCCAAAACUUAUGGGUGGUGGGUAUGUGUCACAGACAUCUUUUAUGAAGGAUUUUUCCUCCUGAGAAGCUGGGAGGCCUCAGGAACAAAAUGUAAACAUUGAAUAUCUGCUGCUGUGGAAUGCAACAGGUGCAUCUGUGGUUCGUCUCAUGUGGUUGUUUCCAAUAAAUGGCCAAUCACUGU